GGAGCUCGAGGAGACGCGCGGGGCUGGGGUCCUUGGAGUUCUCAGGCGCAGGUGAAACGCCGCUAGAGAAAGCUGAGCGGGCUGCGGGGGCCAGGCCGGAGGGGCCGGCACGCAGUUGCACGCUCUGCGGGCUGCAGGCGCCCAGGCACGGGCGCGCGCUGGCGAUUUAUUUAUUUAUUAUGUAUGGAGUUCUGGCUGCAUGUACACCUGCACAACAGAAGAGGACAGCAGAUCUCAUUAUUGAUGGUUGUGAGCCACCAUGUGGUUUCUGGGACUUGAACUCAGGACCUUUGGAAGAAAGGACCAUUUUAUCAGAAACUGAGAGGAAAACACCAGAGCAGCCGUAUGUGCCAUUGCCUCGGCAGAUGGCACCGCCAAGUCCAAGGAACGGCACCCCGAACAGCAGCAGUGGGAGCAGCGGGAGUGACCAGUUGAGCAAAACCAACCUCUACAUCCGGGGAUUGCAGCCAGGCACUACCGACCAGGACCUCGUCAAGCUCUGUCAGCCAUAUGGCAAGAUUGUGUCCACCAAGGCCAUACUGGACAAGACCACGAACAAGUGCAAAGGCUACGGCUUUGUGGACUUCGACAGCCCUUCAGCGGCCCAGAAGGCUGUAGCCGCACUGAAAGCCAGCGGCGUGCAGGCGCAAAUGGCAAAGCAACAGGAGCAAGACCCUACAAACCUGUACAUCUCAAACCUCCCACUGUCGAUGGAUGAGCAGGAACUGGAGGGGAUGCUGAAGCCCUUUGGCCAGGUUAUCUCUACUCGAAUCCUUCGAGACACUAGUGGGACCAGCAGAGGGGUUGGCUUUGCAAGGAUGGAGUCCACAGAGAAGUGUGAAGCCAUCAUCACCCACUUUAAUGGAAAGUAUAUAAAGACGCCCCCUGGAGUAGCAGCGCCAUCUGACCCCUUGCUUUGCAAGUUUGCUGAUGGCGGGCCAAAGAAACGACAGAACCAAGGAAAAUUUGUGCAAAAUGGACGGGCCUGGCCAAGGAAUGGAGACAUGGGUGGUAUGGCCUUGACCUAUGACCCUACCACAGCUCUUCAAAAUGGGUUCUACCCAGCCCCUUACAACAUUGCACAUGGCCGGAUGCUGGCUCAGUCUGCACUCUCCCCGUAUCUUCCAUCUCCUGUGUCCUAUCAGAGAAUGACUCAGACAUCUCCUCUACAAGUACCUAACCCAUCUUGGAUGCAGCACCAGUCGUACCUCAUGCCUUCAGGCUCAGUUCUGACCCCAGGGAUGGAGCACCCCCUCUCUCUGCAGCCUGCCUCCAUGAUGGGACAUCUUACCCAGCAACUGGGCCACCUGUCACUCAACAGCCUGGGCACGUUCAUGCCGGCAGCUGCCGCCAUGCAAGGAGCCUACGUCUCCCAGUACCCCAGCGUGCCUUCUUCCAGUGUUUCUGUUGAGGAGAGCAGUGGUCAGCAGAACCAAGUGGCAGUGGAGGCCCCCUCAGACCACGGGCUCUUUCCUUUCCAGUUCGGCAAGUAAUGAGGCCCGGGCCAGGGAAAAGCCUGCACUCCUUCUUGGGCUAUUUUCCCAUCGCUGAAACCAUGUUGCUUUUUGUAUGUGCUAUAUUCAAGAUCGAAAAGACUGUUCUUAUGCAAAAAAAGAAAGAAAGAAAGAAAGAAAGAAAGAAAGAAAGAAAGAAAGAAAGAAAGAAAGUUUCUUGUAUUUAAUUGCAAUGACCUUUCUUCUACCCCAAAGAUCCUGACUGAGCUGCUUCUCAUCUUCAUGAAAAGGUUGGAUAUGUUGGGAUUGCUGAAGAACAAAAUAUCAGUGCUGGAAAAUUGAUGAAGGAGCCCUGAUUGCUGAAUUUAGUUAUGGACUAUUUUUGAUAUGUGUCGGUAUGUGUUUUAAAUAUGCAGGCUUAAAAUUUUUGUUUUGCAAAGUUCUCAGCUCACAUUUUGCACCUCCCACCCUUUAAGGCAGGGAAGAUCUCACAUGUGGGCUGGGAACAUAGACCAGGUCAGCCUUGAACUCACAGAGAUCCUGUCUGUCUCCUGGCCGCCCCACUAUGCCUGGCUAUAGUUUUUUAACUUCUUGUCCAGGUGGCUUUUUUCUCUUCUCCGUUUAGCUGAACCUGCCUACCUUGCCUUUUUACAGUUUUUAACUUUUAAAUUUGAUUCAAAUUCCAUGUGGAACUGGGGGAAAGAGAGCAACGCCCAGGUAGAGAAAUGAAGACAACGGAGGUGGCUUUUCCGCUGCCCUUCUAGGAGGGCACUCGUCUCCUAGGAGACAAGACUGCACUUUGACUUCAGGAAGCAGACAUGUGACACCGUGCAGCCUUUGGAAGUCACCCUUCAACCAACUGUGGUGGCAAGUGCCACUGUACUCACGCUGUACCUUGUCGUCCAGCUCCAGCACUCUGGGAACACCUGCUCUGCCCCCUGGAGGUUCUUGUUCUGACCCAGGUCUCACCCAGCUCCUGCCCCUCCUGAGGAAGUUCUGCCCUUCACUUUACCUAGAGGUGGUUUUGCCAUCUCUGCUGCUGUCUAUCAUCCUUGAUCACCAUGCCUGGAGACUGGUCACGUGCGCUGGGCAAGUACUUGUUGCGGACCAAGGAUGGCCCUGAAUACCUGACAGAACCUCAGCCCCUCCUUCCCCCCAUCUCAUGCCCUGCAAAGUUAUCUGGUUCAGAAUAGAAGCCUUAAGAUAAAAGUAUUUCCCUGCCUUUUGGAGUAGGCGAAAUCCCCAGCCCAGCCCUGGACACGCAGCCUGUAAAGUUCAUGGAACUGACCAGCGGUGCCAGCCGUGACUUUUGAAUCCUCACCAUUCUGCCUCCCAGAGGAUCUUUUCUGCCUGGGCGUCACAGUAUCUCCCCCAAGCUGCACGCUGCUGUACUCACGCUGUACCUUGCUGAUCACUUAGUUCAGCAGGAGCCAUCUUAGCGGGGCUCCCCCUUGGUUGUAUGCACAUGCCAAGUGCAGUUUGAAGGGAUGAAAGUGAGAACUGCUCUGUGUACUGUGCGUGCUUGAGGAAGGGCCUGGCUCAGGAGCAGACUGCCCUGCCCAGCCCUGGUGUGUUUGGACCCCUUCCCCAGGGAACCAGAACACCGGAAAUCAUUUUCCUUCUUGUGGAAGGACAACAGGGUGCUAGACUAGAAAAAGGCAAUAAUAUACCCAGCUCCUUCCAAGGUCAGGAGGGACCUUUAAAAGUGCCUGUCUUUAAGUGUCCCCACCCCCUACAAGGCCUUCCCCACAAUGUGACACAUCCCCUUCACAUCUCCACUAGACAGUAAUGAGAGAGAGAAACGUGUCUGGGGAGAGGCAGGGUAGGCAUGGGGGGAGAGACUGGCUCAGCAGCUGUGCGCCCUGCAGACUGGGACUCCAGGCCUGGCGGUGCUGUGCUUUCUGGGAAUAAGGGGCUGAGGGGGUGGAGAGCACAGAGUACACAAGCACCAGUUUUCCCACUGAGCUUCCACCCUCAUAACCAGUUAAAGGCCUCCAGCCCUCUGUGCCAGAGAGCAAAGCCAGAAUUCUAUUUAUCACUCUGUUCAGUAGACUGGGGCAUUCCUGCUGACAAUCAGGGUCCUGUAGUCACUGCUGACCCAUUGCUGCCUUAAAAAUGUUUUUUUCUCUGUAGUUCUAAAGCAAUUUGAAUGGCUGAUCGUUUUAAAUUUUGAAAUUACCUUUUGAGGUUUCCCUCGUGUAAGUGUACUGGUUAGAUUCAAGUGUUUCUGGUUGAACAGGUCUGAGCAUGGGAAGUGAGGGCAACCUUUAAUUUUGUUUUUAUAAUGGUUAAUGACACGAUGUAAUUUUUGCUUGGUGAUUUCCAUCCACUCCGUUUUCCUCUCGUUACUCCAGGAGGCAGUGACUGGGGACAAGUAGGAUGUAUGCUGUGAGGGGUGGUCCAUACAAAAUGGCUUCCUAGGAAGCUGGGAAGAGUUGUAAGCCAUCCCUUCACACUGCCCUAGGCUCUCAACAGGAUGCCGUGUCUCCUGAAUUCUGCUUACUUAGAGGCCAGAUCUCUCUCAACCGAUGUCCAUAACACUCUUAAAAUACUUUAGCACUGUGUUUUUGUUUCCAGUUAGAUAGAACAUACUAGAGUCCAUGCCUCUAAAGUGCGAUCCUUUACUAGGCUCCAUCUCAGUCACUAGCAUCCCUUCCAGGCUUGUUGGUCCAGGCUGUAGAUGGACUGGGCUUUUGGAGAAGGGUGCUGGCAGAUGUGGGAACAAUGAUGAGACAGAUGUGGUUUUUGUUUUGUUUUGUUGUUUUUUAGUGUUUUCAACCCAAGGCCUUGAAGAGAUGCCCAAAGGUGUGAAGCGAGGCAGCUUUGAAAAUGAUAAAGACGGAACGGUAGCAAAGCAUUAUUUGCUACAAGGGGGAAGGACCAGUUUGUGGCUCUUGCUUUCUGUCCUUCUCAGACAAGUAGGCAUGCCCCCCGCCCUCGGAAAAAAGUGUCAGGACUACAUCGCUGAGGGCUGGUUGUUGCCAAGAGCAAUACAGUGAGUAGGUGGUCAGGCCCAGACUCACCCAGCCUUUUCCAGACCCGAGUCCAGAGAGCAAGGAGAGUCUGGUAAGCUGAGACGUGCGCCUUGUUGUGAGCCCGCUUCUGAGCAGCCUGCCUCCUGAAAGUGCCUUCAAGCCUUCCUGAAGUCCACUCAGGCUCUGCAAGAGCUUUCUUUCCCUCGGCAGCUACAGCCAGUCUGUGUUUUUCCUUCGGAACCUCCCUGGAGGUGGUCUCCAUGUGCAGUGAUGAAAAGCUUGACCCUCAGCACUCUCAUGACCACUCUUGUCUGCUUGUUCUAAGCAAGCAUUUCCUGUCCAGGCAAAUCCCCCAGCUUCUUCAUCCUCGUUAUUCAACUACCUCAGGCUCACAGUUCAACAGGGCACAAACACUUCCUUGCUUAGCAUCAUCCUUCACUGCUUUUGUCGUCUUCAAACGCAAUUUCCUUGAAAUGGAAACUGCUCUUCUGGAUUGCCGUCUCUGGCGUUGGCUCCUUGCUCACCUCCAAGUGUGAACCUCCCAGAUGGGUCUUUGGAUGACAAGCCAGGGGCUUGGCUGUGCAGUCAGAUACCAGUUUUACAGCAGAGCUUAAGACCCCAGAGAGCAAGAGAAUUGACUGGUGACUGCUAGAGAGCAGAGAGGGCCGUCUGCAGUCUCAACAGGCUGGAAGGGGAUGUUUCUGUUCCUGCCCCUCACUGGGUGGGUCAUAACUGGGUGAUAACUAUUGGAUGCACACUUCUUACCCUGGAGAGCACGUUAAUUUAUACUUAAAGACAGGUUUUGUAUAUUUCCCCUGUACCCAGAAACCUGUAGUUGUAUAUUCUCCUAUGUCUGUACCAACACUACCUCUUGCUUGCUUUGCUGGCUCUCCUUGGCUGACUUUGGGUCCCCAAAAUUCCCUGUGAUUUGGAAGAGCUUUACUUUUGCUAACUGCAGCCUUUUUUCUUUAAAAAGAUGAAUAAAUAAAACCCAAAAGAC